CUCAGUUCGCGGCAGUCAGUGUAACUCGUGCCGCGUCACAAAACGUUUCACUUACACAGUGUCACAAUGAGAGUCGCAGCGCUUUUUGCGCUGUUCGCGAUAGGUUUAGCAACCGAGCUUACGCCGACGGAUUUAAUACGACAAAGGUUCUACGAUUUAGAAGAGGAGCUAUGGAGGAAUGUGACAGACCCUUUGUGGAGGGACUCCGGCCUUGGCGGGGACGUCGAACUAACAAAGGCGUUCUUCGCGUUGAACGAGCAAAUCGAGUUAAUUCCAAGGACUAAGAGGCUCACACUGAGAUCGUGGUUAUGGAAUAAAGUGUCAGAAAAGCUGCAAGUCGUUGAUGGAUUCUAUAAAAACUUUAUGGAAUUCGUGAGCCACCAGGCGUCCCCAGGCGCAGUGCCUGCUCCGGUUAAAGAGUGGCUGGAUAUAGCUGAAUCUAUUUUGAUGGACCCCAAGACCUCGGUAGCUCAAGCAGUAAGGAAGAUUCAUGGAUUCUUGGAGCACGGCGAUAUAUUCCGAUCAGUAGUCCAGGAUGAGGAUUCAGACGUAUGUGACCUACAGAUGUCACCGCACCAGCUUAUCUACGACAUGUACAACACCAUAGCACUGACUGAGAUCAAGGGGUACGCCAUGAUGCAGUUCUCUUGGAUGCUGUUGAGGAUAUAUGGAAGAGGUAACUUCACACAGGAAGCAAGUUUGACAAGACAGAGGUAUUCUGAGAGGACAGGACAGACGGCGACAGCGGCGCGUUCAGCGCUGGCCAUGUCAAAACGGGACCUGUACAGGUGCGACCCGCCAGUGCAUACUAGCGCGACCUACGCCGAAGUGACACGCCUUCUGCAAGGCUACGUAGAGAAUGAGGUAGACAUGAACAGCGACGGCACUUGCAAGGAGAACUGCGCCUUUUAUACCCUCACCGAAAACCAUGGCUGCUACAGUGAUCAAUUCUGCGAAAAACAGGAGAAAUGCAAGGGCAGAAUCAUUGACUGCCAGUACCUUGACUCGGACAUGUGGGUCUGUCCUGCGUCUCGGCACAGCCAAAGGCGUUAUGAAUGGAUCGAGUACGAGAACGGACGCACACUGGGCAGGGUUGGCAGCUGCCGGUUGGGGACAACAAAAGUGGACUCGUGGUGGCGUUGGCUAUUCUGGCACUGUUCGUAUUGCAUGUGCCUCUGCGAUGACGCGACCGGCUCCCACCGCUUCUUCAGUCUCCGGGAAGCGACGUCAGACAUCGACAACAACAAGGUAGUAACAGGAAUGCGAUUGGUGAAGCUUGGAAAAGUAUUCCACAUUCAAAUCUAUCAAGGCAAACUGGUUGAACGCGGGUUCGUGGAGUCCUCGGAGGAGGUGCUAGCUCAAGCGUUUGACCCCGAGCAUGCCGGAGUGUUGGAGGGCGUCGACUACCACACGCUGACUUAUGAAAGGAGAGCUAUUGACUUGGAUGAAUUAGAUUCUCCUUCCGGUCACGUCUUAACUGGAGCCAGAUUCCGAAUGAUCGGUGCCCAUCUACACUUUGAGAUUCGAGCUACUCCGUUCAACUACACAACAGGAAAACUUCACCCAGAGAAGAGCCAAUGGAUCAGCAACGACAACACUGAAGGAUCGCACACACCAAGGUCUCGUCUGGAGCUAUACAAGCCAGAUCUGCCGACACGAUCCCACACAGUGCUGCGCAUAGACUCGCAACACGACCAGUACAUUGAGUUCACGCACUCAGACUUCGAUGCAGACGCCGCACAGAGCACUGUGCCCUUCAUUGACGUGCAGCCUGUUGUGCCUUCUAAAGCCCUCAAUACCAAAGGCGCUACUUUAUUGAGCGGUGCUGGGUUAUACCACAGAGGAGCUCGCGGCUCAGGCGGCUUCAUCGGCGUGAAGGUGAUCACCUAUGACUACUCCAAACACGUGAAGGCAGAACCACCCCCGUCAGAGUUUGUUGACGAAUCGGAGACAACUGAAUUCGUGCCUAUCGUCAACUAGAAUACAUUUUAAUUUCAUAUACUCAUUUUAUUUUGUAAUGUAGCGUAAUUGUGACUUUUGAUAAUACGUAUUUUUUAAGUCUUGUACUGAGUUUUAUUUCGUUUAAAUAAAUAGUAUGCGUACAAUGGUAGAGUAUGUACAAAAGGGAUGUUAAUAUCAAACAAGAUAACAUUACACUGGUUGUUUACGUUUAUAAGUGUGUGGCGCAUGGGGUAAACAUUAAUAUUUUGCAUAACAUUUGAAUUCAUGGAAACUAUGUUUUGCGUAUGGAGUGAUAACCAUAUUUACUCUAUAAAUUCUACUUCACACUUUUUAUCAUUCCAGUAAUGUGAUCUUGUUUGUCAUGUAGCGUUUCGAUAGAAAAUAAAUCGUUUAUCUCCAGUUUUCUAGUCUACAUACAACUCCAAAUAUGAACAAUAAAUAAUAUAAGGUACGGACUGGUUUUUGUUCUUAAUUCACUUCUAUGAUGCACCGUAUUAGUGUGUACAGCUUUUAUUAAUACUCGUAUAUAAUGUUAGUAAGUAAUCUUUCUUCUUCUUUGUUACCGGAGCAAUAUGU